AUGAGGUCGUCGUGGUGUUCGUCCGCAUCAGAAUCGAUUUCAUCUGUCCACGACCGUCAUCUUGCUGUUUAUAUGAUAUUUGUAUUGCACGGAAUUGGAAUGCUCUUGUCGUGGAAUAUGUUUAUUACAAUUGCUCCACAGUACUAUGUCGGUUACUGGUUUACCGUUGACGGUAACGCAACACAGUACGCGGAAAGUUUUAUGAGUGUAAUUGGAGUAACGUCACAAAUUCCGAAUGUCGGCAUUAUGUUCAUCAACAUGGCUGUCGUCGUCGCCGGUCCUCUUAUGCUGCGUGUCGUCAUUCCACUGAUUAUCAAUUGUCUUCUAGUAAUUACCAUUGUCGCAAUGGUUAUAUUCGUCCAACCAAAUGACAACGAUCGAAACUGGUUUUACAUUGUUACACUGGUGAUUAUUAUUCUAAUGAAUCUCUGUAAUGGAGUCUAUCAGAGCUCAAUCUAUGGGAUCGUAGCCGAUUUUCCCGACAACUAUCCGAAUUCGUUGAUAAUCGGAAAUAAUUUAUGUGGAAUCUUCACCAGUUUGAUGAGUAUUUUCACUACAUUAGUCUCACCAGAUAAUGUCAUGCUAAAUACUCUACUGUAUUUCUGCAUUUCACUUGGUAUACUCGUCAUUUGUGUAUUAUCGUUGGCUGUUCUCGUCAAAUUGCCAUUCUAUCGUAAUUACAUGGCACUAGGUAAUUCAGCUCGCAAGGAAGAUGAUGCAGAGAGUCCUAGUUUUUCUCAAUACUGGAAAUGUCUAUCAUAUUGUUGGGUUCAACUAUUCAAUAAUUUCUUUGUGUACUUUGUGACACUCGUCAUUUUUCCGGCAAUGGCCACUGACACACCGUACUAUCGACGAGAUGGUGACCCAUGGAGAUCAGUUUUUCCA